ACUGCCGCGAGCUUUGGGCGAGCCUCAUACCGUGUCGGCAGGUGGUCGAGGAUCCAGCGACCUCGGCACCAGGUACCCGUCAAAUGCCGCCCCCGGCAAGUGAAGAUAUGGCGAUGGCUCCAGUGACGGUACAAACCAAUGCCAGGAAGUCCGUGGCCGCUACACAAGGAGAUGUGGUGGGGAAGCAGAGCGAAUACAAGGAGUACCAGCCCUUCGAGGAGAGACGUGUGGACAACCCCACCACGAACGCCGAGACGCUGUUCAACUUCAUCAAGUGCUGCAUGGGCACGGGGAUCCUCGCCAUGCCCAAUGCCUUCUACAACUCCGGCUACGUGUUGGGCGGCGUCGGCAUGCUCGUCAUAGCCUCCGUCGUCAUCUACUGCAAACACAUGCUGCUGUGGGCGUCCUACGAGCAGUGCCAGAGGAAGAAGGUGCCCAGCCUGAACCUGCCAGACACCGUGCUGGCUGCGUGUUGCUCCGGCCCGCCGCUGCUGCGCAGGAGCGCUGCGGUCGCCAGGGGCAUCACCGAGUGGUUCGUCUUCGCCUACAUGUCGGGAGUACUGGUCGUGUACACCGUGUUCGUCGGAGACAACCUGAAAGCAGUCGUGGACCAGUACGCAGUGUCGCUCGACGUGCGGCUAUACAUGCUGUUCUCGCUGCCGCUGUUCGUGGCCAUUAACCUGGUGCGGGACCUCAAGUUCCUGGCGCCCUUCUCGGUAGCCGCCAACCUUCUAGCCUUCCUCAGCAUCGGCAUAGUGCUGUACUACGUGGGCUGCCAGCUGUGGCAGCCGGGAGACAUCGAGCCGGUGGGCCAGCUCGCCAACAUCCCACUCUUCCUCGGCACCGCCAUGUUCGCCGUCGAGUGCGCCUCCUACGUGCUGACUUUCGAGCACAAGAUGAAGCGUCCUCAAGACUACGGAGGACUGUUUGGGGUCCUGAACCAGGGUCUGGUGUUCAUCGUGCUCAUGUACCUGGUGAUGGGUCUCAUGGGGUACGUGGCCUAUGGCAGCGGAGUGAAGGGCAGCAUCACGCUCAACCUGCCAAACGAACCGCUGGCCCACGCUGUGCGGGUGAUGCUGUGCGCUACCAUGUUUGUGACGCAUGCUCUUCACAACUAUGUGGCGGUGGACAUCCUGUGGACGGCUCGCCUGUCGCGACGCUUCCCGAUGUACCCGCGCCUUGGCGAGUACUGCGUGAGGAUCACCAUUGUGGUCGUCGCCUUCCUGCUGGCAGUGGCCAUACCGCAGCUGGAGCUGUUCAUCUCGCUGCUGGGGGCGCUGUGCCAGUCCGUGCUGGGCAUCAUCGUGCCGGCCCUCGUGGACACUGCCAGCAACUGGUACAGCCUGGAUGGCGGCCGGCUGCCCUCCGUGGUGGCCAAGAACCUCGCGCUCGCGGCCAUCGGGCUGGCGGGCCUGCUGGCCGGCUCCUACUCCGCCCUCGCCAAGAUCGUGCAGAGCUUCCAGUGACAGACACCCUGCAGUCGUGACUACCCUCCGUCUAGUCUCCAACCAUUCAUCAAAGGAACAAUGCAGAAACGUUUAGCUCCACUAUAACUCGGCAUACUACAGAUCUCUGCCGUUUGUAAGGUUCUCACCAGGCUCAAAGGCUUCAGUUUACAAUAUUUCACAUGUAUGUCUAGAAAUUGUGCACCUUUGUAUUCCUUCUUGGCUGAAAGGCAGUUUGUGGAAUGCUGAGACUGUGUUCAUAGUUUCGAAUAUUGCAGCAUUAUGUGAAUCAUAAAGUAGUGUCUCGGAAAAUAAGGAUUCCACCACUUAUUUUCCAACAAACAACAGAUGAUGGUGCACUCAUUAAGUAGGAAUAAUAAAUGCCAUGCCACCAGCAGAACAUAACAGUCAGAAUGACUGCACCCACCUGAAAAGUUUGAAUUACAUCAUCGAAACGCCAUGGCUAAAAACAGUCGGCCACACAACGCAGUCAUUGGUACCUGGACUUAAUCUGUACAGUGACAGUCAUUUAAUUUGAGACAACAAUAAUGAUAUCAGCACUUUAAUUUGGAGUCCUAGAAAAAUUUGUACAGAAGCUCUUUGCUUCUCAAAAUGCAUACAUUCUUACGAUGUAUUUAUAAUUAUUUUUUUUCAUUAUUGUAAAUAAAAGAUAAUUGUAUGGGCCAUCAAUAAACCAAAAUUUAACCAAACCUUUUAUGAAGGCCAACUUAAAUGGUAUGUGAUAAACUCUUGAUUUUAACAUGUUUCUUGUUAUUGCUACUCCACAAGAUCGCAUACUUAUUACAAAUAAAUUAAAGGUAUGGGGUUUAUUAGACUCCAGAAUUAGUAUUUACUACAUUAAAUAAUAAGUUAUAAUUUCCCCAUUAAUUCAAAAUAAUAUACGAAACUAUAACUUUACAAUUAAAUCAUUUCUACCAAAAAUGUGAAAAUAAACUUUUAACUGGU